AUGACCAGUACUGUGCAAUCAUCAGCGAGCAAUCAGCUGCCAAAAAGUGAUUUCAAUUCUCUUUUUAUUGAGAAAGCAAUUUUAUGGGAUGAUUCAUCUGCGUCUGUCUCGAAUGAGGGUGAAAUAGAGUCUAAAACUAGAAGCGACGCUAAAAGUGAAUGUCUUGCACUACUAUCAGAUAAACAAUGGCAAUCAGUAUGUGCAAUUAAGGACCUGAUUGAUUUGAAAUAUGGUGCACAAACAACGACGCUAACUGAGAUGGAAAAUGUAGGACGAACAAUAGAAUCUGAAUCGGAUAAUGUGCCAUGGACAAAUUCAGAUCUGCAGCAGUUAGAUGAAUGGCUAAACAAGUGUUCUUUACCAGAGCAUAACAAUAAAACAGAAGAAGUUUGUGGUGCAUUCCAACACUUAUGUUCAUGGGAGAAUCAAUGUAAAGCAUUAUAUAAUGAACUAAAUGAUGCCGUGCAGUAUUUAGAGACAUUGCAUGAUACAUAUGCAAAAGUAUCUUACAAGACAAAUUCUUUAUAUAAAGCUUGUGAACAAUUGCUAGCCGAUCAGGCAAAACUUUCGAAUAUAACCGAAUGCAUCGAAAAUCGUCUGUCCUAUUUUGAUGAUGUUGAUCGUUUUGCACAGAGCACAUUUAAACAAUCAUUAUUAUAUAAGAAUCAAAUGAAAAAAGUUCUAUCAAGAGUUCUACAAAUAAUUAAACAACAUAUUAUAAACACAUUACAAAGUUCAUCAAACAAUAUCGAUCCCAGUAAGAAUCACACAUUAUUGUCCGAUGAUGCAUAUACGUUGUUUUAUGGACGAUUUCGUAUCAAUGCACCCAAAGUGAAGGUGCUGUCGGAAGAAUUAGAGCAACGUUGUACAAAAAAUCCUGAGUAUGAGAAAACGCUAACAGAUUGUCAUGAAUGUUAUACGAAUCAACGGCGCAUGCUGCUAACAUACAGUAUAGCUAGUGCAAUUCAAGAUUUAGCCGUAAAACACGAACGUGAUAUGUGUACUCUGGUUCGAAGUGGUUGUGCAUUUGUUUUGCAUUUAUGUCAGGAUGAAUAUCAACUAUUCUAUCAAUUUUUUUCCAAACGUUCUUCUCAAGUAGACACAAUGUUAUCUGAAUUUUGUAAUCAACUGUAUGAUGUAUUACGAUCUCGCAUUAUUCAUGUUGUCCAUUUGGAAACAUUAGCAGAAUUAGUUACAAUAUUAAAAAUUGAAAUGAUUGAAGAACAUGUGAAGCCCAGUGCUAAAGAACUAUCGACAUUUGAAGCUAUUUGUACGCAAAUGUUAGAAGAUGUUCAAGAGCGUCUUGUUUAUCGGACACAAGUUUAUAUACGUGAUGAAAUUUUAAAAUAUAAUCCAUCGCCUGGUGAUGUUGCCUAUCCAGAAAAAUUAGAAAUGAUGCAGAAAAUAUCUCAAUCAAUAAAAGAACAACAUUUGGUCAGACAUCCAUCACAGUCUUCAACUGAUUCUAAUUCAACAGAAGUAUUUUUUGAAACAAUUUUUGAACCCAUUCCUUCAUCAAUCUCAUCCCUACCAGCAAAAGAUGGUCAAAGUCCGAAAGCAUCUCCAGCGGAUCUACACGGAAUGUGGUAUCCGACUGUAAGACGUACACUAGUUUGUUUGUCAAAAUUAUUUCGGUGUCUAGAUCGUAACAUUUUUCAAGGUUUAUCUCAAGAAACGUUAACGAUGUGUGUUCAAUCAUUAAUAAAAGCAAGUGAUUUAAUAAUAAAACGAAAAACAUUAUGUGAUGGACGUUUAUUUCUGAUAAAACAUUUAUUAAUAUUACGUGAACAAAUUGCUCCAUUCAACAUCGAUUUUGCUGUAAAAGAGAUGGUUUUAGAUUUUUCAAAAUUAAAAGAAGCGGCCAUGAAGUUUUUAACAAAAAAAUCAAAAAUGUUAUCGUUACAACGUGAUAAUGCAUUUUUAGACUUUUUAUUACAAGGCACAUUACAAGUUAAAGAAAGUUUUAUCGAUUCUAAACGAGAAGUUGAUAAACAACUGAAACAAUCGUGUGAAAGUUAUAUAUCGGAUGUUUCAACACAAUUAUGCGGUAACAUACGACAAUAUUUACAAAAAGCAGAAGUCAUUUUAAAAAUGAAUGAUGAAAAUAAUAAUACAAACAUACAAAAAGUAUCAUUAAGACAACAACCAUUCGCAAAACCAGAUGUAUUACAUGAAAUUAUUAUUGAAAAUUAUAACUAUUUGAAAAAAAAUUUGCCUGAUGUUUUAAAAACAAUGAGUUUAUAUUUAGCUAAUAAGGAUACCGAACAAAUACUGUUUAAACCUAUCAAAACAAACAUUCAGCAAACGUACCAGGAAUUAAUUAUAUUAAUUCGUGAUCAUUACAGCGAAGAAGAUCUUCAGAUUAUUUCAUGUCCAUCUCAAGAACAGACACGUCGUCGUUUACAAACAAUAACUAAACAAGAUAAUAGUCAACAGAUCUCAUAUAAUAAUUAUCAACCACAAACAACAAAAGUUCAUCCCGUAUUCAUUGAAACUGUACAAUCUUUGCCACAACCAUCACUAUUUUUAACAAAUAAUAACAAUUCAUCUACUGAAAAAACAAUUCUUACAAUAAUGUCGAACGGUCGUGAUCGUACAAAUGAAUUUUUGACUACAGUAAAAACAUUCCAGAGUCGGAGAAAUGAUUAUGUUCGUCCAUUGAUUCCGCCAGCACCAUCCACAAAAAAAACAGCAUCCACUAUUCAACAAAGUCAUCAAUUUAUGCAAUCAGCCAAACAAAUUGGUCAAGAUCUAUCACAAACAUUUGUUAAAUUAGAACAGUUAACAAUAAUUGCUAAACAAUCAUCAUUAUUCCACGAUAAAUCUGCAGAAAUUCAAGAUUUAACAUCAGCUAUCAAACAAGAUAUUGGUAAUUUGAAUAAACAGAUUGCUCAAUUACAACAGUAUAUGCACAGUACAAAUGGAAUAAAAUCGAAAAACUCACAAACUCAUUCUAAUUCCGUCGUUUUCGUGUUACAGUCUAAAUUGGCCAUCAUGUCUAACGACUUUAAACAAGUUCUUGAAGCUCGUACACACAAUUUGAAAGAACAAAAAUCUCGGAGAGAUAAUUUCUCAAAAAAUACCGUUGCAUCUGCUGGACAUCCGAUAUCGAUGAAUGGACGUCCGUCUUUGUUGUUGCGUGAUGAUAAACAAGCGAACGGAGAUUCUUUUAUUAAUAUGGGUAGUGCACCAUCUCAAAAUUAUUCUCAGAAACAAUUACAAAUUACUGAUGAAACAGAUACGUACCUUGCAAGCCGUUCGGAAGCGAUGCAAAAUAUUGAGCAAACAAUUAUUGAGCUUGGAGACAUUUUUACUCAACUUUCAACAAUCGUUACAGAACAACAAGAAUUGGUAGACAGAAUCGACGCUAACGUUGAUGAUGCUGCAAUUCAUAUUGAAGGAGCUCAUGGAGAACUAUUAAAGUUUUAUCGUACUGUAACGUCGAAUCGUUGGCUAAUUAUUAAAAUAAUUUGGGAAUUAAAUGUAAACUCUGUCGAUCAUGGACAAAUUGUUCAAACAAUUCCCACCAAUGACGAUGUCAACGAUGAUUUUAUAGAUUCAUUACUCUCAAAUUACUCAAGCAAUGAAUCGCUAAUAAUUACCCUUCAUUUUCAUCUGCAUAUCAUUACUUCAGAUAUACAACAUAUUGAUUACAAUAAGAAAAAACAUGAUUUGACAGUAUUUGAUGAAUUAAACAAACAGUGUGAUGAUGAAAUUUUACAUUGUUGUUAUCGUAAUAAUCAUAAUAACGAUUUAAGACAAUUUCAUCGAAAUAAUGACAUCACAGAAACAAUAACAGCAUUAGGUGUAGAUAUGGAAUAUGAACAACGUUUUCAAAAAUCUUUACAAAAAUUAACUGUACCAAAUUGGUACAAUGAUUCGAUUAUUGAUAAUGAAUAUAAAUCUAGUAAUAAUGAACAAAACAAUCGAUAUCGAACAGAAUCAUCAGUAAUAUCUCAUCAAAGUGAAAAUAGUCAAGAUGAAAAUCGACAUUAUUCACCUCGUAUUAGUCGACAAUAUGCAGGUAGUUAUAAAUCACAUCGAUCAUCAGCAACAUCGCCAUCGCCUUCUGCACAUUCAUGGCAUCAUACCGUCUAUAAUGGAUGGAAUACACUAUCACUUAUGACCCAUCGUUCAAUAACAACACAACCAUUAUUAAUGUCAACAACAAUAAGUCAACGAAAAAAAUAUGAACCGGGUGUUGAACGUGUUUCAAAAACAUCAAAAUGGUAUAGACCAGUUGAGUUUACAACAAAAGGUGAGAGAGGUCUAACAUCAUUAUUCAUGGAUGUUUUGUUUUUAUUACCGGAGACUAGUGUAGUAAAAAUAAACAGAAAUGAUUAA